AUGGCGGCGCAUUUGAAAGUCCACAACUCCCUCAAGCCAGGCCCUCCUGUCCCCUUCGUGCCCAUCGAGGCGGGCAAAGUCUCGUGGUAUGUCUGCGGGCCCACUGUCUACGACUUCAGUCACUUGGGGCAUGCCCGGAAUUAUGUGUCGACGGAUAUCAUCCGGAGGAUCAUGAUCCAUUACUUCGGUUUCAGGGUCAAAUUCGUUAUGAACAUCACAGAUGUUGACGACAAGAUUAUUUUGAAGGCGCGAAGACAAAAGCUUCUCGAAUUAGAGAAACAAAAGACAUACACAGAAGCGGAACUCUCGAAGCUUGCGGCGGCUGCCUUUGACUCAUAUGCGAAGUCAAAUCUCCCAGAACUACUAAAGGUAUCUGACGGAUCGCCGCUGAGCCCUAGCAACUAUGCCGAGAGGAGGGACAAGGUGUACGCGAAGGUGUUGGCUGGUGGGACCUUGACGGGAGAGGGGAAGCCUGGAGACAAUGAGGCCAAGCUGAAGAUGCACAUUAGCAACCUUACCUCCGCGGCGACAGCGAUCCAAGAGAACAGAGUAUUUGGGGGUGCGGACGAGAUCCUCCUGCCUUAUCUCGACUCUUUAUACAAGGAUACGAUUGAUGCGAGGGAUCAUGGCAUAUUCACGGAUGUUACGAAAUACUGGGAGGAGCAAUUCAUGCAGGAUAUGGAUGAGUUAAAUGUUAUGCGACCGGAUGUUCUCACACGGGUCACGACCUAUGUCCCACAGAUCGCCCUUUUCGUAGAGAAGCUUAUCCAAAAGGGUUUUGCAUACGAGGCUGACGGGUCGGUGUACUUUGAUAUCGCGGCCUUCGAAAAAGCCGGAAACCCAUACGCGCGAUUGCGUCCCGAUAGCCGAAAUGACAAAGCUCUACAAGAAGAAGGAGAGGGCUCGUUAUCAAAGAAUUUAGGGGGGAAACGUGGGGCUGGAGAUUUUGCCCUCUGGAAGAAGUCGAAAGUAGGAGAGCCUAGCUGGCCUAGUCCAUGGGGAGAGGGUCGACCAGGAUGGCACAUCGAGUGCUCAGUCAUGGCAUCGGAUGUUCUAGGGGCUCAAAUUGAUAUCCACUCCGGAGGAAUUGAUCUUGCGUUCCCCCAUCACGAUAACGAAUUAGCGCAGAGCGAGGCGUACUUUUGCGAGCAUGGCCAUGAACAUAAUUGGGUCAAGUAUUUCUUACAUAUGGGCCAUCUGUCAAUUUCGGGGUCCAAAAUGUCGAAGUCAUUGAAGAACUUCCAGACUAUCAAGGAUGCGCUAAAAACGGAUUAUACGCCUAGAGGAAUGCGGAUUGUCUUCUUAAUGGGUCGGUGGAACGAUGGUGUUGAAAUAUCACCAGAUAUGAGAACUCAGGCGGAAGGAUGGGAGUCAGGUGUUAACAACUUCUUCAUCAAUGUCAAAUCGCACAUUCUUGCUGCCUCAGACCAGCCAGCUGGGGAGUUGAAAUCCCUUUCACUCAACGGUACCUCGGACAGUUUGCAGGCAUCUCUCGAGACAGCUCAAGCGGAGAUGGAGAGCGCUCUUUCAGAUUCUUUUGAUACACCACGGGCGAUGCGUAUUAUCGACCAAUUAAUUAAGCAAGCCAAUAUCCACAUGAACAAGGGUGAUCCAGAUGUCCGAGGACUCGAGAGCAUUGCUCGUUGGGUUACCAGGAUGGUGGGAAUCUUUGGCUUAGAUGCGAACGCUUCGCCUCCAUAUGAUGGUCUCGGAUGGGCAUCUAGUCCGGCAAGUAGCAACCUCAGCGCCGAGGAGAUUGCGAAACCUUAUGCCCAAGUAUUCCAACAGGUGAAGGGUCAAGUAGAGAGCUUAUCCCUUAACUCACCUGUUCUCGACAAGAUUCUUGCCAGCGAUGUUGAGGGUGAGUUCAGGUCGCUUGCGUCAUCUAGAAGCGAUCCCGAGACUCUUGCCAUGCCAUACCUUCGUGCGGUCUCUCGAAUCCGGGACGAGCUUCGAAGAUUAGCUCCCACAUCACCUUCGAAGAAACAAAUCCUCGCUCUCUCUGAUCAAAUCCGAGACAAUGACCUCACGAAUUUAGGUGUGUAUCUAGAUGAUAGAGGUGAAGAGCAGGGUGCACUCAUCAAGUUUGUGCCGAAAGAAGAGCUCUUGGCACAGAAAGAAGAGAAGGCCGCAAAGGAGCGAGAGAAACUCGCCCAGAAGGAAGCUGCGAGAAUAGCGAGAGAGAAGCUAGAGGCCGAGAAAGCAGAGAAGGCUAAAGUUCCCCCGUCCGAGAUGUUCAAGGAUGACAGAUUCAGUGCUUGGGAUGACGAAGGCUUGCCGACCAAGACGAAAGACGGGGAGGAUGUGCCUAAGAGUGCGCUGAAAAAGAUGAAGAAGGACUGGGAGAGGCAGAAGAAGGCGCACGAAGAGUGGAAGGCUAAGUCAGGAGUAUGA